AUGAUUUUUCAUUUAUGGCAGUUAGUGGGCUUACUCCAAGCCUUCUUUGUAUAUGGAAGCUUGGCAAAACGUAGUCUCUCAGCACAGUCGUUAGUUACAUGCAUGGAUAACUCAAAGAUCACACCAAGUUACUUUAAUGUUACAUUCAACCCCGAUGAUAGAUCUUUGAGGUAUUCGAUAGACUUGACCACUGAAAUCAACACUUAUUGCAUAGCUGAUGUGAAUGUGUACGCUUAUGGUUUUGAGAUAAUUCAGAAGACUGUUGAUUUAUGUGACAUAGGAUGGAAGCAAUUCUGUCCUAUUUUCCCGGGUUCCUUACAAAUUGACAGUAUAUCGUAUAUUAGUCAAAGUUACGUGGAUGAGAUUCUUGGAGCUGCUUAUAUUGUACCUGAUAUAGAUGCGGUCGUUAGACUCUAUAUAAGGGACCGAAAGACUGGUGAGACUUUAUCAUGUAUUCAGUCUAGUUUUUCUAAUGGAAAGACAGUCUCCCAAACAGGUGCUAAAUGGGCCACGGCAGUAGUAGCUGGUUUGGGUCUUCUUAUUGCAGCAGUUAUGACUACAUUUGGUAAUUCAAAUGCAGCAUCCCAUAUCUCCGCUAAUGCUGUAUCUCUCUUUCUCUACUUUCAGUCUGUUGUUGUUGUGUCUAUGCAACAUGUUCUGAGAGUUCCUCCAAUCGCGUCAGCCUGGGCUGAAAACUUGGCAUGGUCCAUGGGUUUAAUUAGAAUUACCUUUAUGCAAAAGAUUUUUCGGUGGUAUGUUCAAAGUACUGGUGGAAGUCCCACUACUUAUUUAGAUGGUACCCAAACAAAACAAAUCUUAGUUCAAAGGAGUCUUGGAUAUUUGGAUAAUUUUAAUCGCUUCGCGAGGAGCAAGGUUCCUGAUGUUGUCAAAAGAGGUGUCAAUGAUUUGACCUCUAACACAAACCUAGUUAUUAUGAGAGGUAUUAAAAGAAUGGGCUACAAUUCUAAUAUUGAACCAACAGCGAUCGUUGCCACAGGGUAUACUUUCUUUGUCUUGUGUGGCUUUCUUCUAGUUGUGAUUCUUGUUUUGGUAAAGCAGUCACUAGAACUAUUGAUACGAUUUAAAAAGAUCAAACCCGCACGAAUGGGUCAAUUCAGAUUGUCAUUCAUCCAGAUUGUAAAAGGAUCUUUAUUGAGGUACCUAUCGAUCGGAUUUCCUCAGUUAAUAAUUUUAUCUUUGUGGGAAUUCACAGAAAACGAUUCUCCGGCACUUAUUGUCUUGGCUGUUAUAUUUUUAAUUGUUUCUUUGGCUUUGAUUGGUUAUUCCAUGUUUAGAACUAUUUCCUUUGGAAAGCAAUCUAUUGCGAAAUAUAAUAAUCCAGCUGCUAUGCUUUACGGAGACACGAAAAUUUUAAAUAAGUAUGGAUUUUGUUAUACUAUGUUUCAUGCCGAUUUGUAUUGGUUUGGGGCGGUACUAGUCACUUACAACUUGAUAAAGUCAAUCUUUAUUGGCUUAUGCCAGGGUUCAGGUAAAACAUCUGCUUUGGUUAUUUUCAUAUUGGAUCUUUUUUACACUGCUUAUUUGAUUUACCUUGGGCCUUAUUUGAACAAGCCAACAAACAUUGUUAAUUAUUUAAUGUCUGUUGUCAACACGAUCAAUUCUUUCUUGUUCCUUUUUUUCUCAGAUUUGUUUGGUCAGCCGAUGCCUGUAUCAUCGAUUAUGGGUUGGGUUUUCUUUGUGCUUAAUGCUGCUUUCUCGUUGGUGUUACUUAUUUUAAUUAUUGCUUUGAUUACGUUAUGUCUCUUGUCAAAGAACCCAGAUGCUAGAUUUGCACCCGCAAAAGAUGAUAGAACGUCUUUCCAAAGAAUGUCGUCUGUCAAAAGGGCUUCUAGGAAUUCUAAGAAUCCUAAAGAAAAUGAGUUAUUGGCCUUAGGAUUGGCUGCUCAGGAUCACUCAACAAAUUGGGAAUCUGAUAUUUAUAAUUUGAAGGAUUAUUCGCACUCCUCAAGUCUUAAAAAUAGCUCUAGAGAUAUAUUGACACCAAAUUUGAAUGACGAAAAGUUUGUGGAUGAUACUGAACAUGAUUCGAGUGGUGAAGAUUCGUCUACCUCAAAUGCUAACGGUGCGAAGAAGAAUCAAAGUUUAGGUGAAAAGUUAAAGGAAAAAAUAACGAGGAAAAUAUCGAUUAAAACAAAAAACAAAAGUACUAAAGCGCCAGAAGGUGAUUCAAAUACUCAUCAAAUUAAUAGGGUUAGUGAUACUCUUAUUAAUGAAGGAAAUGACGCUCUUACCCAACCACCAGUACCUAGGGAUGACUCGAGAACUCCUAUAAAUCAACACAAUAGGCAUGAAUCAGCAAUAUCCACUGGUGACAUUUCAAACUUUUCUGGUGGACCGCCAAUUAAUACGAAGGAUAUAAUUUAG